AUGACGAGGGUCUUCUUUGUCGAUUUCGAAAACAAAUGCCAGAAUUUCAUCAAAAAAUCCAUCUCGAAGGUGGACACAUACUACCAGCGAGCCGAGCAGCCGGCUGAGGGCUCCGGCGAACUGUUUCAUGUGCACAUCUUCUACCGCUCGGAUGGACCGCCGACGGGCCUGCCCGGAAACAGAAAAUGGAUGACACAUCACCCCAUCGAGCCAACGGGCAAGAAUGCGGCCGAUUACGCGAUGAUCGAGGCCGUGCAGUCUUAUCCGAUUGCUAAAGGCGAUGAAAUCUACGUCGUGUGCGGUGGCGACAAGAUCUACCGCCAGACCUUCGAUCCCAUCCCCGAAUCCUACCACAUCAUCGACGACGCCACGUUCCGACACUUGUCCGACUACAUGCCUCUGCCGGCACCACUCCGCCUCUUCCUCUUCUUCCUUCGCUGGUUCUUCGUCCUCCGACUCCUCUUCUUCCUCUAA